AUGUCGGUAUUGGGUGACUCCGCAAUAGUCUCAAAAUGCUAUUCCAAUCGUGACUCGGAUCGCAUUCCUUCGCCACCUCGUCGAUCCCUGCACAAAGCCAUCUCUAUCCCCGCGGUCUCUUCAAUUGUCAAGGACUCGUGGAACUGGGCCGGCGAUACCCUUGGUGCCUAUCGCGGUGGACCUUCGGCUGAGGAGCGGAAGCAACUGGCGGACAUUGAAGAUCGGAAACAGGUGCUUUAUUUGAAAAUAAAACAUGUCAGUCAUUUUUCAUCCCAAGCGUGGCAGCCCGUAGCAUUUGGACUGGCAGUGUCGUACGAGGAAUGGUGUAGCUGCGCCAAUGAGCUCGACGUGCUAGAAGACAACAACGCCUGGAAACAGGCUUUUGAAUGCCCUGACUACCAUCCUCAGUUGGUGCAGGAACGGCUGCGGGAGCUGGAGGAGGCGCGCAUCAGCUGUGAUGUGAGCCGGAUGCUUUUCCUAGUCCGGACCGCGCUCAGUCGGGACCUGGGGAAGAUGAGCAACGCGUCUCUCUAUCGCCACUCGCAUAUCGGGACUAAGGAUUUGAUCGAUCGAUAUAUCACCACAGCGCUAGAUACAAUCACGAACUUGGUAGAUUUGUCGGUACAUAAUCGCUGUGAUGGGCUGGAGUUGAAGUAUAUCCUGGAUCAGCUGCUGGCAGCCCGGCAAGCAUUUGGUCGCAGCGCGCUGCUCUUCUCCGGAGGUGCUACCUUUGGUAUGAAUCAUAUCGGUGUGCUCAAGGCGUUAUACGAGGCCAACCUCAUUCCUCGCAUUAUAUCCGGCGCGUCAGCGGGCAGUAUUGUGUGUGCUGUAUUUUGCACCCGCAAAGAUGAUGAACUGCCAGGGCUUCUUGACACCUACGCGCACGGUAAAUUUGACGUUUUCAACGAAGCAGGACGUGAAGAGAACAUUUUUCAAAAGGUCGCGCGAUUUUUGAAGUUUGGCUCUUUUCUCGACAUCUCCCAUCUGGCAAAUACCAUGCGAGCUUGGCUGGGAGACAUCACCUUCCAAGAGGCAUACAAUCGAACGCGGAGAAUUUUGAACAUCUGCGUAUCAAGUGCUGGCAUGUAUGAGCUCCCGCGACUGCUAAAUUACAUUUCUGCCCCGAAUGUCAUGAUCUGGUCUGCAGUAGCUGUGUCCUGCUCUGUACCAUUAGUCUUUAGGCCAUACACCCUGAUGGCCAAGGAUCCCAUGACGGGAUUACCAGUUCCAUGGAAUGAUCUACACAGGGAAUAUAUCGAUGGCUCGGUUGAUGGAGAUCUUCCGAUGACACGAUUAUCCGAGAUGUUCAAUGUGAACCAUUUUAUUGUGUCACAGGUUAAUCCCCAUGUCGUACCGUUUUUACCCAAGGAAGAUGGCCCGAUCAAGGACCUCCAGGGGUCAUCGUUCCUGCCUCGGUGGGUAAACACAAUGACGCACCUGGCGAAGGACGAGGUGUUGCACCGAAUGAACGUCUUGCUAGAGCUCGGUAUCUUCCCAACAUCCAUGACCAAAAUUGCGUCGAUUGUGAAUCAGAAGUACAGUGGCGAUAUUAAUAUCUACCCUGAAUUGAUUUCCUCCAACUUCCCACGGAUCUUGGAGAAUCCGACCACGGAGUUCAUGCUCGAGGCUUGUCUGAGUGGUGAACGAGCAACAUGGCCCCGGCUAAGCCGUCUUCGAAACCACUGUGCAAUUGAACUUGCCCUUGAUCAAGCCAUUCAGCAGAUGCGGGCCCGUGUGGCUUUCAGCCCGGGUCAAGUAGACUUGCGUAUACAAGGCUCCCUUCAACACCCACCCGACCCAGUAGACAGCAGUGCUAACCGGGGACGUCUGCAUCAUCGCAGGAGGAGCUCUCACAGCCACGAGUUAGAGAGAAGACGGUCAAGAGGUGCAUCGCGAAGUCAACCAGGGCGAAGACUUCGAAAGGCACGGAGCACUGUGUCACUUGAAAACCCACAAAAUUUUUUUUCCAAUAAUUUAAUCUCCGCGCCGCCUCCCCCAAAGGCCCACAACCGACGAUCUUCAAUAUCAUUUGGCGGCGGGAUAUUUGCAAUUGGUUCUGGUAGCGAUGGAGAGGAGGAGCCUGAGUUUUUCUUCCCUGGUCGCCCUCGGCAACCUCAGGCCAGAGAUUCCUGGGAUGCACCGUCCCACGAAGGAACGCACUCUCCUGCCCGAUCCCGGCGAUCAUCUUUCUCUGGCAGGUCACAACGGUCCGUCUCCGUCCGACAGGGUUCUCCCAAGCAGGUAUUGGGACCGUCGGCUCGAGAUAUCUCCAUGGCCUUGUCACCUUCAUCCCGUCACCUACUUAGCAUGACGCCGACGGUUCAUCCGAGCUCUCCUGAUUCUAUUGUGCGUAAACCGCACCACUAG